GAAUCGAAGGUGAAAGAGCCGGUAAGGAGGGUUUCAAGAGGGGAGACAUCGAUUUUGGCCAAACGCAAGGUGAAGAGUAGAUUUAGAGCCGAGAGGUGUAUGACUUUGGUGAAAUUUAGGUUUGCUUCUUUGUUGAUGUAAUCGACGAUGAAGGAUUUGUCCCAAGAGGUCCCACGGUCAAACCACCGGGAAAAAGGUUCAGAUAUUUCCUCCAAUUGCGACGUUCCAUCGCGCUGGGGGCCUUUGAUGAUAGAGUGGCGACAGCAUAUCAUCGAUUUUGAGGUCUAUCGUACUACAUUUCACACUCCUGGGUUUAGAGAAUAUCAUCGACGAAUGCAACUUUUUAUUCUGCUAUAUAUCGAAGCUGGGUCUUAUAUCAACGAAGAUGAAGAUCAAUGGGAAUUUGUCGUUUUAUACGAGAAACGCAGACGGCGGGAUGGAAGUUUCACGUAUCAUUUCGUGGGCUACUCGUCCCUGUACAACUUCUACCAUUUCCCAGAAAAAUUCAGGUUACGACUGAGUCAAUUCGUUAUUCUCUCCUCAUAUCAGCGACAAAGCCCACGGAUCUGCGCUAUAUUCAGCCAUCUAUCAAUACAUCCUAUCUCAAGACCUUCGCGACAAAAACGACUUACAGAUGCUCUUUGCCCACACCAAGUUUAUGCAAGAAGGAUUCGGUGGCGAUGGCCUAUCGCACGGUGGGGGGCGAGUUGGCGGGGUAGGUAAAAGUGGUCGAAGUGGUCGUGGCGGACAUUCCGAGAAGGGGAAACUCGGACCUCCGGUUGACAAGCAUUGGGCAGAGAAGUGGAGACGGGAACUCAAGAUUGCCGGUGU